AUCAGUAAUGAGCUCCAAUUUGAACACUUAUAUGCAGUACGCAACAUAAAACCCCACUUCAUCCGUGGCUGCUUUCACGCGCCACCUCACGCGCUAUUCUCUCCUAGAAUACCCCUUUCUCUCCAAUUCUCUCUCUGAGUUCCGUGCCCAAAUCAGUUUAAUGGCGAACUGCUUUGCAUGGAGCUUUAUUUGGCAAGACCAGUGUUAACUGAAGGUUUUGGUGGAUAGAGUUGUUUUUUCUGGAGUUUUGUUUGGUGCUUUGGCUUAGUUGCAACUUAAUUAAAAAAAUUCAUUCAAAUAAGCUAUGGCGCCAAAUCCACGAGUUUUGAAGGCCUUUCGUGCUAUGAAGGCUAUUGGGAUUCUUGAAGAUAAAGUGAAACCGGUCCUGAAAGAUCUGUUGAAACUGUAUGACAAAAACUGGGAACAUAUUGAAGAAGAAAACUACCGUGCUCUUGCAGAUGCUAUACUUGAAAGAGAUGAAAUGGAGGCAGCAUCAGAAAAAAACAAAAACCUUGGGAAUUCUAAUGAUGAUGAAAAUUUAGAGCAUGAUGAGCCUGACCGUCCUUUAAAAAGGUUGCGAUUAAAGCACCAAGAUAAUCAUCUUUCUUCUUCUUUGAUAGACGGUAGCCCUGACUUAGGUGUUGGUGAAUUCAAAAAGCCAAAAGUUGAGGCAGAUGAAGCAAGUGCACGGGAAAUUACAAAUCCUGAACCUCAGUCGGUAUCUUUACAGCCACUUGCUAAAGAUAAAGGGAAGCAACCUGUUUCAAGUGAAGCAGGAGCUCCAGUAAUAUCUGUUCCAUCUCAUUCAUCUCUUAUACGUUCCAAAGACAAAGGAAAGGAGCCGCUCCUACCUGAAGAUACUCCAAAAGAUUUCAGGUUGUUUUCUGAGAGGUCUUCUUCUCAUGGUGUGACCAUUAGGGAGCCAAAGGUGGAUGCUGUAAUUUCUCUUCCUCCAAAAAAGGUUCCAAAUGGUUAUGCUUUGACAAAAUUAAACGAUAGUUCGUCUAUAGAUGAAAAGCUACAUGCUGAUGUUGCAGCUACAGCAGUUCAUCCUGAGCCAUUACCAGAUGGACGCUCUACUGUUGAAAAUGUUUCUGUACCUGAUCCAACUGGUCAAACAGUGCUAUCAUUCCAUUCAGUAAUUGAUAAUGAUGAGAACAAUGAUAUUCCUGAUUUUGCAAGUGAAAAGAGAAUUAAUUCAGAGCUGGUUAAAAGUCAAUGUAGAUCUAAUCCAGACUUUGAUGUCACUACUGCACCGUGUGGGGAUACGGGUGUUUCUGUAAGCGAUUGUUCAACUCUGGGGAAACCUGAAGUACAGUAUGUACCACCGCCUUUAAAUGGAGCAGACAACAUUCAGCCUGAUGCUGCGGUAGUUUCCCCUCAGGAACCAAUAUCUCUUCCACCAUGCAGCGGUAUGAAUGGUUCACCACCUCAUGAUAACAGAAUGGUGAAUCAUUACGAAGUCAACUCAGACAGAGCACUUACAGUCAACAAUUCAACUAACUGUCAGAGUCUAAUGGCUGUCCAGAAGCCUCAAGCUAUGCUGAAUAAUGGGAAUUCUGUGCAUGAUGUUAAUGACUUGUCUAAGGGACAGGAAAAAGUUGUGGUUUAUUUGCAAAAUGAAAUCAAUAGCGAAUGUCAACUAUCGUUCAACUACAUACCUGAAAAUGUGAUUUUUCAAAAAGCUCAUGUGAACAUCUCUCUCGCUCAUAUUAGAGAGAGUUGUUGUUCGAAAUGUUCGGGUGACUGUCUAUCAUCAUCCACUCCUUGUGCAUGUGCAGAUGAAAAUAAUGGCGAGUAUGCAUACACAUCGGAAGGCCUUGUUAAGGAGAAGCUUUUAGAAGAGUGCAUUUCUAUAAAACGUGAACCUCAGAAUCAGAUACUACUACUUUGCAAGGAAUGUCCCUUGGAGAGAUUGAAAAAUGAGGAAAAAAUAGAAUCAUGCAAGGGUCACCUAAUGAGGAAGUUUAUUAAAGAAUGCUGGUGGAAAUGUGGUUGCAGUAAAAACUGUGGCAAUCGCGUUGUACAACGUGGAAUAGAUCGCAAGUUACAAGUGUUUAUGACAGUUGGAGGAAAAGGUUGGGGGCUUCGCACCCUAGAGAGUCUGCCCAAAGGGGCUUUUGUUUGUGAGUAUGUAGGAGAAGUGAUAACGAAUUCUGAGCUUUGUGAUCGAGUCUUGCAAGGCCGCAACACUGGAUCUCAUCAAUAUUCUGUGCCUCUUGAUGCUAAUUGGAGUACAAAGAUAGUGUUAAAGGAUGAAGAAGCACUCUGCUUGGAUGCAACCCAUUAUGGUAAUGUUGCAAGGUUCAUCAACCAUAGGUGUGUCGACUCAAAUUUGAUUGAAAUCCCUGUGGAGGUAGAGACUCCAGAUCGCCACUAUUACCAUCUAGCCUUCUUCACAACAAGAGAGGUGAAAGCUUUGGAAGAGCUAACAUGGGAUUAUGGUAUUGAUUUUGAUGAUCAUGAUCGUCCUAUCAGCACAUUUGAGUGCCUGUGCGGUAGCAACUUUUGCCGCAACAUUAACCGCACAAGAUCUGCAUCUGAAGCAACAGCGACAUGAUUGACAAACUGCUGGAUUCGGUGUUUACUGAUAAUGAUGACAAUUUGUCGUAUCCUGCUUAUUUGCUUAUUAUAUGAGUGUUGCCGUUAGUUCAACAAAUAUCGGUGUGGUGUAUAACCUAGUUCCAGCUGACCUUGUUAGCGCAUGCUGGUUGAUUAGCUCUAGCCUUUAGGUUUACCCGGAAAAAUUUGUCGUUCAGAGGACAGCUUGUAUUUGUCGUUCUUUCUUAGCGAUUAUGUUUUAUGAUUCUUUUUAGUGUGCCUGGAUAAGUAGUAAACGUAUUGGAGAGUUAGAUUUCUCUUUA